AAAUUAUAAAUCGGUUUAAAACUGACAGAGUUAUGAAGAAACAAAUAUAAAAAAAUGGAACCUAUUUUUCUUAAAGUCGGUUAAAAAUAUUUGGUUUCAAUCAAUGCCCAAUUAAUAAUCCUGUUGGUAUAGUAAAUCUACGUACUAGCUACACCCAAACGUCUCUUACUCUUAGAAUUAUAAAUAAAUUAUUAUUUAUGUAUUAUAAAAAUGUCUAUUAGUUUACCUAUAUAUUCAUCUACGUCUCUAUACUGUACUCAUUAUGUUAGUCACUCUUCUUUUUGUUUAACAUUUGAAAAGAGAGCAAUAACGCUAAAUAAGUCGCUCUUAAAGCAUUGAACCAAUAAAAUAUAGCGAAAGUACUAGUGUCCCCCAAAAGAUAAUCUGUAUCAACACGGCCGGCACUUAUGCAAUAAGACAAGCGCCCCAGUGCCACUCGCCAGCAUCAGUGGGCUCCGCGCCACCAACUGCAACGGCAACCGCCAACGAAACCAGUGGCAUUCAUUGCACACAGAUGUUCUAAUGUGAUCAACCCGUAUUUAAUUAAUGUGUCGAAGUCAUCCAUCGGAAUCAAGAUGCAUUCGUUCAAAAUCCUACCACUGUUUGUGUUUACGUUCAUUCUUUCCGGCACAGCCGAGGGUCAAUCGCUAGCGUGUCCAGCGGUGCGCACCAGUAGCGGAUGGUUGGACUUAUUCCCAUUACCUUGUAAGAAACACACUGAAUGCAAGGUAAUGGGCUCACUGUACCUCUGCUGCAAAGGAUUCUGUACAAAGGGCAUCCAGAAAACCACUCAACUACGAACCAACGUGCAGGCCGCGAGUAGCUUAGUGCAGUCAAGUAGCACAAGUACAAGCACAACCAGCACCACAACCACAACUACUACCACCACCACCACCACCACAACUACAACUCCGAGUACCACCAGCUCCAGUACCACCACCACAACGACCACACCAAGACCGCCGCCACCGCCGCCGCCUCUGCCCGCGUUGGAUGCCACAAGACCCUUCCUGCAACUUUUGCCCAUUCAGACCACUGCGGCCAACACUCCGAAGGCUAAUGCUGUAUCUAAGACAGGAUCUGAUAUAAUAACAUCUGACGUAACUUAUUCCCAUACUCACAAUACUGCGUCGGUUUACGUCGAUAAUGUGGAUUACUCGAGCACAGGGAAAACACAGAAACUGGUGUGCCCAAAGUCAGCACCCGCGGUACUGUUCCCGAUACCGUGUGAGAACAACGCACAGUGCCGAGCCAGCAGUGGCCCCGGACAAGUAUGCUGCGGAGGACGUUGUGUCAAUGGAGUACCAGCGCCGCGACCUGUCGCCGCACCCAAGUCCCAUCAACCGUUACUGGGCGUUAUACCUCGAGAAUGCCCGAGUGCGCCGCUAGGCGAGUUGCUGUUUGAGGUGCAGUCGUGUAAAACCGAUGCAGAUUGCUGGCCACGCAUUUGCUGCCCCGAUGGCACCCGCUCCUACUGCCGCACGGCUAAGGCCAGGCUGGACCUAGUUCCCGUCGCCCGGCAAAUUGACGCCCCUGUAAGAAUGAUAGAACAAUAUCUGCAAUGCACACCACCACCUCAAUAUGACUUAUUCCCUAAGCCGUGCAGUUCUAGUGUAGACUGCUUCCCUAGCUUGUGCUGUGCAGAGGGAGGCAAAAAGCACUGUCGACCGCCACAACGCAGCAUUUUAUCUCUUCUUUCCGGUGUUACACAGACAAUUGGAUCUACAUUGGGCAAUCUGCGACAGGCGCAAGCACAAAUAAACAAAAAUAAAGUGUAAUAUUAUAUAAUAUUAUUAGUAGUAAUAUUGUAAAUUAUUAAAUUAUAACAAUUUUGUAUUUUUAUACUUUUG